AGGAUAUGACUGGAGUGGGGCAUAAAUCAUUUUCACAUCUAGUCAACAGGUGACGCUUUCAUUGAAGAACAGACUAUCUUGCAUAACAUUUGCAUGGCAAAUCAGCUUUCUAAACUGUAGGUGAGUGCAGCUUUUACACCUCACCUCCAACAGAGGCUUUGGAAAAAAAAAUACUGCACACCAAUUGUGUGUUUUACAGCAGAGACACCACUAUGACUACAGUCACUACGACAGAUCCAACAGAGGUCAUUUGCCUACCUUUAUGACUCUGGGUGAAAGACUACAGUGAGAAUGAGAGGUGAGGCAGGAAGCACAGAGACAAGCCUGCCUUUUAUUUUAUGAUUCAUUCACGGGUUUUAACAAAAAAAUUAAAAGCUUCGGUCCGUCCAGAGGAUCUAAGACGUGCUGAUGGGUGAGGACCGCACAGCUCAGAGGGUUUAUUAAGUGGGCCAGUUGCCAUAGCGACACUUCGGCAGGAUAUUGCCAGGAUAAGCUGUAAUGGGUCUCCUGACGCAGUUCUCUCUGCUCUUGUGGAAGAACUUCACUCUCCGGAAGAGACAAAAGGUACGGCUGCUGGUUGAAAUCCUGUGGCCUCUGUUUCUCUUUUUCAUCCUGGUGACUGUCCGAACCACCACCAAACCCAGUAACAAAGGACAAUGCCACUAUCCAAACAAAGCCAUGCCGUCAGCUGGCGUUCUGCCCUGGCUCCAAAGUAUGAUGUGCAACAUUGACAAUCCCUGCUCCAACUAUCCGACGCCGGGAGAGACGCCAGGUCAAGUCAAUAACUUCAAUGACUCCAUAAUCUCUAAAAUCCUAAUAAAUCUGCAAAGCUUCCUGCUGGAAAUACCCGAAGAAGGUCUUUGGUCCAACUCUAUGGAAAGUUUGGUGAACUCUUCCGCUGAAGCAGUGAAUUCCUUGGAUUUCCAAAACGACCCGAUCAACAGUUUCUCCAUGUUGCUGUGCGGAAAGCAGCUGAGCUCCAACUCCACCUUCAAGUUUCCUGAAUCUGAACAAACUUACAACAUCAAUUCAAGCUCCAACAGUAGCCAAGGUUCCGAUCCCUUUUGUACAUCUUUUAUCGACACCCUGGUGAACACACCUAGCAUGAACUUCCUUUGGAACAACUUUAGGCCGCUGUUGCGAGGGAAGAUCCUCUACACGCCUGAUACACCGGCUGCUCGCCUCCUGGUGGAAGAGGCUAAUAGCACAUUCAGUACCCUGGCUGCGAUAAAGGAGCUAGCUGAUUCUUGGGGCAAACAGGGACCGAUUAUCUGGAACAUUGUGGAAAACAUCACUGUUUUGGAGACAGAGUUCGGUGCGGACUUCAACAACUCAGACGGAGACCCUCCAUCCACAUCGCGAGAUGCUUACAACAACGUCACACAGAUCAUGAGUUUAAUUUCCAAGAUCCUCGGGUGCUUUGAGCUGAAUAAGUUUGAGGCGGUUCCCACUGAAUAUGAACUGGUGACCAAAUCCCUGGACCACCUGAACAACGACACCUUCUGGGCUGGGAUUGUCUUCGAAAAUCUUCAACCGAAUUCCAGCAGAAUCCCGCCUUACCUCAAAUACAAGAUCCGUAUGGACGUUGAGGAGGUGCAGCGAACAGACAAAGUGGAGAGCAGGUUAUGGUCUCCUGGAGCCCGGGACAACCCCUAUGAGGACCUACGCUACAUAUGGGGGGGCUUCGCCUACCUAGAGGACAUCAUAGACCACGCCAGCAUACGACUCCAAACGUCCAAGAACCAACCGCUCGGUGUCUUUGUCCAGCAAAUGCCAUAUCCCUGCUACGUGGAUGAUCCCUUCAUACAGAGUAUUGGCGCCAUUCUCCCCAUGUUCCUCAUUCUGGCUUUCAUGAGCUCCGUGUCCAUGACCAUCAAAGGCCUGGUGCUGGAGAAGGAGCUCCGGCUUAAGGAAGUGCUCCGUGCCGUUGGCAUUCAAAACGGUGCCCUGUGGUUUUCCACGUUCACAGAAACCAUGAUUCUGCUCACAGUGCCCUGUGUGCUCAUAAGUGUCAUGGUUAAGUACGGAAAAGUCCUGCAGUACAGCGACCCCUCUGUCGUCUUUGUCUUCCUCUUGGUGUUCUGCUUCGCCACCAUCUCUCAGUGCUUCUUGAUUAGCGUCUUCUUCUCCAAAGCCAACUUAGCGGCGGCGUGUGGCGGACUCAUCUACUUUCUCCUUUACCUCCCGCACGUUCUGUGCUACGCAUGGAGGGAUGUCAUGGGCUUUAACGCCAAAGUCGGAGUGAGCCUCCUGUCAUGUGUGGCCUUCGGCUACGGCUGCGAGAACCUGUCCAAGUAUGAGGAGCAGGGCGUUGGGAUUCAGUGGCACAACAUCGCCAAGAGUCCAGAGGAAGGAGAGUCCUACACCUUCAUCGUGUCCAUACUGAUGAUGCUGUUAGAUGCUGUUAUCUACUGGGUUUUAACCUGGUAUAUUGAGAACGUUUUUCCAGGUCAAUAUGGAAUCCCAAAGCCGUGGUACUUCCUUUUCACUUCCUCCUAUUGGUGUGGGAAAACCGCGGUUCCCGAGGACACCGAUAACUUUGACAAACUGAAAGGCUCCAGUGUACAAAAUGAAUAUAUGGAGAAACCCGAUCCCAACAUGAAGGCGGGGGUCUCCAUCCGUAACCUUGUCAAAGUCUACAAAACUGGGAAGAAAGUGGCAGUGGACGGUCUGAGCAUGGACUUCUACGAGAAUCAGAUCACGUCUUUUCUUGGCCACAACGGAGCGGGAAAAACAACCACAAUGUCAAUUCUGACAGGCUUAUUCCCACCUACCUCUGGAACGGCGCUCAUUAACGGCUACGACAUUCGCACCGACAUGGACACCAUUCGGGGGUGUCUGGGAAUGUGUCCUCAACAUAAUGUCCUAUUCGAUGAGCUGACGGUGGAGGAGCACAUAUACUUCUACGGCCGUCUGAAAGGACUCAACGGCAGCGAGCUCAAAACCGAGAUGGACCAGAUGAUUAAAGACGUCGGCUUAUUGCACAAGCGAAAGGAUCUGGCUAAGAACCUGUCAGGUGGCAUGCAGAGAAAGCUGUCGGUGGCUAUAGCUUUUGUUGGUGGUUCAAAAAUCGUCAUCUUGGAUGAACCUACAGCGGGAGUGGACCCUUUUGCUCGCAGGGGUAUCUGGGACCUGUUGUUAAAGUACAAGAAAGGUCGGACGAUCAUCCUCUCUACACACCACAUGGACGAGGCGGACAUCUUGGGCGAUCGCAUCGCCAUCAUCUCCCACGGGAAGAUGCGUUGCUGCGGCUCCUCCAUCUUUCUGAAGAAGAGCUUUGGCAGCGGCUACUACCUCACGCUGGUCCGAAGCGGCACGGAAAUCAUGACGGCUCAGAGGAGCGGGAUCAUUCUUGGAAAAAUCGAGGAGGAACCAAAUGAGUCAGACAGCCCUUCAGGCAGCACCCUGGAUGAAGGUUUUGGGAGUCAAAGCUCGGACAACUCCAAUCCAGCAGAUCUGAACCAUGUGACUCAGUUUGUGAGGAGGCACGUUCCCGAGGCGGUCUUCCUGGAGAGCAUCGGUCAGGAGAUCACCUUCAUAUUGCCCUACGCCAGAGCCAGAGAUGGGACCUUUGCCACGCUCUUCCAGGAGCUCGAUCAAGUCAUGGACAAACUGGGCCUGACCAGCUAUGGUGUCUCUGACACCACACUGGAAGAGAUAUUUCUUAAAGUGGCCGAAGACACUGGAGUGGACAAAGAAAUAUCACCAACAAAGGAGCCGGUGGUGAAGGACUACAAAAAGAACUCCAGAGAAUCGAAGAGGAGGAGCAUCUCCAGGCUUCAUGGCAGAGCGGAGAAAGCCAAGGGGAAGGAUGAGUUGAAGGAAAAGUUCUGCAAUAAAGUAGAAGACUGCAGGAAGAACGCCAGUGUCAGUGGAAGGGGAUCCGUGGUCAUCACCGGAUGGGAGCUCAUCAGACGGCAGUUCUUGGCUCUCUUCAUCAAACGCUUCCACCACGCCCGGCGAAGCCGCAAGGGACUCAUUGCCCAGGUGGUCCUCCCUGCUGUUUUUGUGUGCCUGGCUUUGGUCUUCUCCCUCAUCGUACCGUCUUUUACCGAAUAUCCAAACCUGGAGCUGCAGCCAUGGAUGUACGAUGCCUCUCAGACCACCUUUUAUAGCGAUGACACGCCUGACGAUGCAAACGCAUCUCGGGUGGUGGAAACCUUGGUGGACAACCCCGGAUUUGGUACACGCUGCAUGGAAGGAGACCCCAUACCGGGACUGCCGUGUUCCUCCGGCGCCUCCGAUUGGUUCUCUCCUUCUGUGGAUCAGUCAAUCGCUGACAUCUUCCUCACCGGGAACUGGAGCAUGUCUAACCCCUCUCCCUCGUGUCAGUGCAGCACUCCCGGGCGGACCAUCAUCAUGCCUGACUGCCCGCCCGGCGCGGGGGGUCUCCCUCCACCUCAGAGAGUACAGAACACAACGGACACCUUGCUUAAUUUAACUGGAAUAAACAUGACAGACUUCUUGGUGAAGACAUAUGAGCACUCUGGGAAGAAAAGAUAUGGUGGCAUCUCAGUUGGGGGCAUCAACUCACAAGUCAUUUUGACAGAGGUGGAAAUCGAAGAUGCAUUCAGGAAACUACGGAAUACAUUUUUUUGGAGUGAGAGAGGCAUCCCCGAGGACACUUUCCAGAAGGCAGAGAUGGUCUUGAAGAGGCUGGGGACCAGAAACAACAUAAAGGUGUGGUUCUACAACAAGGGAUGGCACAGCAUGGUUUCCUUCCUCAGUGUGGCUAACAAUGGCAUCCUAAGAGGGAACCUACCUGAGGGGUUGAAUGUCCGCCAGUACGGCCUCUCCGUGUCUAAUCACCCCCUGAACCUGUCCAAGGAGCAGAUGUCUUUAUCAGCCAUGGCCUCCACUUCAUCUGACGUGGUGGUGUCCAUCUGUGUCAUCUUUGCCAUGUCCUUCAUCCCCGCCAGCUUCGUCCUCUUCCUCAUCCAGGAACGGGUCAGCAAAGCCAAGCAUCUGCAGUUCGUCAGCGGAGUAAACCCGGCGAUCUACUGGAUCGCCAGUUUUACCUGGGACAUAUGCAAUUACAUCAUCCCCUGUUUUCUGGUGGUUGUGAUCUUUAUCUGCUUUCAACAAAAAGCCUACGUUUCCCCUCCAAACCUUCCUGCACUCAUUCUGCUGCUUGUUAUGUAUGGGUGGGCCAUCACCCCCAUGAUGUACCCGGCGUCUUUCAUCUUUACGGUGCCAAGCACGGCGUACGUGGUGCUGACCUGCGUCAACCUCUUCAUCGGGAUCAAUGGCAGCGUGGCCACCUUUGUCAUGGAGAUCUUUGAUGAUGAAAACAUCACCUACAUCAACGACAUCGUGAAGCAGGUGCUGCUGGUUUUCCCUCAUUUCUGUCUGGGCAGAGGACUCAUGGACAUGGCCAGAAACCAGAUCAUGGCGACGAUAUAUAGUAACUUUGGUGAAGAUCGCUUCGAAGACCCUCUGAGUUGGAACAUGACUGGGAAAAACCUGGUUGCCAUGGCCAUUCAAGGAGCUGUCAUGUUUGCGUUCACCCUUCUGAUCCAGUACAAGUUCUUCUACAAACCGAGGCUGGCCUCGCCAAAGAUCCGAUCGGAGGAGGAGGAGGACGAGGAUGUGGCCCGGGAACGCCAGCGGGUGUAUGAGGGCAGAGCCGAAAACGACAUGCUGAGGAUCCGCGACCUCACAAAGGUUUACCCCCGGAAGAGCACCCCGGCCGUGUACAGGCUGUGUGUGGGCGUACCUGCUGCAGAGUGCUUCGGCUUGCUGGGGAUAAACGGAGCUGGGAAAACUACCACGUUCAAGAUGCUGACAGGAGACAUCCCGGUCUCUAGCGGAGAGGCCUUUCUAAAUGGAUACAGCAUCCGGACACAAAUGAGUGAUGUUCACCAAAACAUGGGCUAUUGUCCACAAUUCGAUGCCAUCAAUGACCUGCUGACUGGACGGGAGCACCUGGAGCUGUACGCCCGCCUAAGAGGAGUGCCAGAACAGUGGCAGAGUGGGGGAUCAAGAAGUUGGGGCUGGUCCAAUACGCCAACAAGUCGGCGGGAACGUACAGCGGCGGGAACAAACGCAAACUGUCCACAGCGAUGGCUCUGAUCGGAUGCCCCCCUGUGAUUUUCCUGGACGAGCCCACCACCGGGAUGGACCCCAAAGCCCGGCGUUUCCUGUGGGACUGCAUCCUGAGUGUCAUCAAAGAGGGCCGCUCGGUCGUCCUCACGUCCCACAGCAUGGAGGAAUGUGAAGCACUGUGCACCCGCAUGGCCAUCAUGGUAAACGGACGCUUCAAGUGUCUCGGGAGCAUCCAGCACCUGAAGAACAGAUUCGGCGACGGCUACACGCUGAUCGUGAGGGUCGGCGGCCGUCCCCCUGUCCUGAAGCCAGUUGAAGACUUUGUUGAGGAAACUUUCCCGGGCAGCGUUCUCAAGGAAAAGCACCACAACACGCUGCAGUACCAGCUCCCGAAUAACGAGGGAGCCCUGGCCAAGAUCUUCAAUGAACUCACCCACCAUCAGCAGAGACUGGACUUGGAGGACUACUCUGUGUCCCAGACAACUUUGGAUCAGGUGUUUGUGAAUUUUGCGAAACAGCAGCACGACGAGGAAGACCUUCAGGGCUACGACAACUCGGUGGACCUCUCCGAUGAGUUUCCCCUGAAGAAAGUAGAGACCGUCUCACAAGAAAACGAUGUUUACUGGGCGAAGCAAGACGAUGCACUUUUCAGACCUCAGCAAUAA